AUGAGUAGCUUCUGGGACCAGAACAAGGGCUCUAUAAAGUCUGGACUAGCCACGGCAGGAAAAUAUGGCUACCAAGGGACCAAAUUUGUAGCGAAAACAGGCUACCAUGCUGGGAAACAACAUUACAACAACACUAGGGGAAUCAAAACUGAUGACACUGGAAGCAGUUCGGCCUCUUUUCGUGACGCGGCACCCGUUACCUCCUUACCAGACGUAUCCAAUCUUCCUCCACCUCCAUUGAAACCGGGUCAGUCGUCUUACCAUGGCCCUGCCAGGCAAUCAGGCAUGAGUGACACCAGCACGCGGCACGUUCCUGUUCCUCCAGCUCAAGGGCCGACACCCGAAAUUCAAUAUACUGGAACCCCGGUGCCAAGCCAAGCGCCCCAAGUCUCACAGUCAGUUUUUCCGGUGUCGGAAGAAUUGCCAAAGUACACACCACUUUCCAUACCCCCAUCUGCAGUUCCUGCACCAACGGUCCCUAGACCCCUAGCAUCCCUACCACCUACAGCCGAAAAUAAUAUCGAUAGUCCCGGAAUGCUGAGGCUUGAUACCUCUUCUACUGCUACUCAAGGCACCAUUAUAAACCAACGAGCCGUUCCAGCAGUCCCUGGAAUGCCAAGUUCCGGGUUUCAAACGCUCGGGAUCUCAGACAAUGCUAUAACGUUAGAUACCACCAAACCAGACGAUGCUGCUACGCAUGAGUUGGCACCUGCUAUACCACAGAGAACUUACAUGCGUGCCCCGGCCCCGAUCCCUAUUCAACCCGUCGCAAGUGAAACACCAUUGGAAACACCCGCUACUUACGAUAACGACAAUACAUCUGGAUCAGAUAUUGGUGUUAAACCAUACGUUUGGAAAAGUCCAGAGGAUAAAGAGAAAUCGAAAGUCAAAAUUCCGAAGGUUGAGCUUGCCAGUCUAUCGGAACCACCACGGCAUCGAGACAGAACACCGUCUGCUUCAGGAGCCUCAAGCCCUCAGAAUGUGCUUGCUAGUCCUGCAUCGACAGGCCUACGCUCAUGUGGAAGCCCGGUUAUGCCAGGACAGUGGCAGACAUCGUUAGAACAAGACCAUGUCCUCGACGACAAGAUGGUGGAUGAGACCAACCUUGAACAGCUGGAAAAGGGCGUAUCUGGCCGGUACACUAAUACCGGAGCGGUAAACUUCCCACCACCUCCUAGAGCAUCAAGAACCGACUCAAACCAGCACUCCAAGUCUGCAGCUAACAUGGCUAUUGCUGCAAAUGGCAGUGGCAUUGCAAACGCUCCGAGGAAGCCACCGAGCUUGCCGCAACGGUCAAGUCAAUCGGCUUCUAUUACCGCUCUACCUCCUCGGCCUAAAUCACAGACUCCAGCGUUAGCCACGAGGAAUUCCGAAAAAGACGCACAGCCCAUCCAAAGCGCGGUAGUAGGCUCAUACAACAGCAGCCCACAGGUGAAUUUUGUGCCUCCCCCCAAGCCAUUCAGGAGGGACAUGCCAUCUUCCAAGAGUGUCCCAGCGAAACCCGUGGCGCCGGUGAUUCCACAACGCACUACAGGCACUUAUGAUACACACCAUGACGAUAAGAGCCCACCUCCGUACAGAGAUGUGGAACCUUUAGAAUCACAGCCAAGCAUCAUUUCUCCGCGCGCCAACUCUCCGAUAUCUAUUGCCAAGGAAAAGAAACUACCCCCACCAAAAAAGGCCAUCCCACAAACGUUACAAAACCUGGCCAGAAACAACGAAUCCAACCAAGACACGCCCUCCAAAAAAGUGCCGCCACCGAAGCCAUCUAGAAGAGGCGUUGCAGCUCCACCUAAGCCAGCACGGAAACCACAGUUGCCGGGGACACCGGGCAUAAACGGAGGGUCUGAAGAGACCGACAAGCUUGAUACCGAACUACAAGCUCGGCUCAAACUGAGACGAAGCACAGCCGAAAGGACCCCUUCCGCCCGUCAAAAUAAUGACGAAUUAUCUGCUUCGAUGCAUGCUGACAGAAUUAGACCUACCAUACCUCCAGUGAAGCCUAAGAGCCCGCCUAUGGCGGCCAACGACAAUAAUGAAGUUGAAGACCAGGAUCAGAAUCCUUUUCAGCGGUAUUUGAGAAACGCCGUUCCGCUGGAAAACGAUCGACUACAUAAAUUUGGUUAG